GCCAAUCAACGCUUCUCAUCCCACGUGACGUUUUGCACGUAUUCCUCCCUCUUCAAAUUGUUUUCUGGCUCUCCCUGAACACGUGUUAGGAAAACAGGCGACAUUUUGCGGUUAUUUUGAGUUUUUCUUCCCCCUAAAGGUAAUUCGAGAACGCGGCGUGUUACAGUCUGCGGUUAGCGAGCGGCCGGAACAGGCGGUGCGGUGAGACAUGUCAGCAGGAGGCCAGACCACCAGGAGCCUGGAGAUCCCGGCUGUCAGGCGCGUGGCGAUCCACGAUGCUGCCCACAUGCCCCACGAAUACUCCACUACCCCGGGAGGAACGCUCUUCAGCACCACACCAGGAGGAACAAGAAUCAUCUAUGAAAGAAAGUUCCUCCUGCAGUGCCGGACGUCUCCUCUGGCUCGAACGCCUCCCAAAAACCUCCCUGAUAUUCCAGGAGUCACAAGACCCCUCAACUCUGACUCUUCCCAUGAUGCAAAGCAUCCCGACGAGACCCCCAGCACCAAGAACCAUGGCACUGACAUGGACACAGAAGAAGGUGAGGAUGCCCAGUUUGAAAUGGACAUGUGAAAGGAUUCAAGGACGGAAAUGAUCCCAUCAUCUCCACAGCUCUUACUUACUUGAGAAAAAGUGAAUUUUAGUUGAUUUGACAAAUAGUCUUACUCAUUAAGAUUUGUUUUGAAUUCAACUUUGUGUUUUUUGUAACGCUCACUAUGAUUUAUAAUGAUGUACUUACAGAAGGGAUGGAUGAACCUUUUCACUUUGAUGUCACUUUGUGUGACUUAUGAUUAGUCAGGCAAUUUUCAUAUAAAAAAUUAUUAUCAGUUUUAGGGAAAAAAUAAAAUUGUACAGAAAAGUUGCUAUUUGUAGUAACUGCUUUCUGCCACAUGGUGGCACCAAACAUUUUUAACCAUAGUUAAAAAUAUACUAAUUUAUUAAUUCUAAUUUUAACUAUAAUUAUUUCAAUCAUUAAAAUUGUCAGUUUUUGCA